CUCUCUUUAGGUUUUUAUAAAAUCCGAGAAACCCCCCCUCUCUCUGAGAAACGCCAUGACCCUGGGGUUUUAUCUCUCUCUCUCUAGACAGAUCUCUCUGAUCAGUGGAGUGAAUUUCCUGUUGAUUCUGCUGGAAGCUUGAAGUUGAAAGUGAGAGAAGGAGAACAAUGUGUAGCAAUGUGUUUUUAAUUUUAUGGGAGAGCAUAGACAGCGGAGAUAGAUUUUUGUUUCGUUGCAUAUGUAUACAAAACGUUCUGGUCAAGGAGAUGGCCCAGUUGCAAGGCCUGUGCGGACUAGUGAUAGGCUUAGGAGAAGACCAAAAGUGUUUAGCCGGACAUACUUGUAUUAUACCCCAAGCAUUAUCCGGCCUAGGAAAGGAAAAACGAAGACGAGGACUGCAGCUUCUCGGAUUGCCAAGAUGUUGGGUAACCGGGCAGUGCGGGCUGCAAAUGCUAAUUCAGUUCCAACCAAUCUUCGACGCUCAACAAGAAAGAGGAGGCUUUCUGCUCAUCUUGAAGAUUACACGGAUAGUUCUGGAUCAGAGGAUGAAGACUUGAUGAGACCUGCAUUUCGACCUUUGAGGAAUCGGAUUCAUAAUAGUGCGAGUCAAGAUGAGUUAUCAUCUUCCAAGCAUAAAAAAAUUGUGGAGACUAAAUCAACACCUCGACGUGAAGGAUUGCGGCCCCGUCGUUCAAGAACAAUCAAAACAGAGCCAUUGGGUUUAGACUCUGGGGAUGAGCAAGAUACUUCUGAGGAGAAGGCUGUCGAAGAUGAGACUGAAAAUGGGAACGAUAUUGAUGAUAAUGAUGCAGAUGAUGGUCAGAAUGAUGAUGAGGGUGAUGGAGAGGGUGAGGACGAAGGCGAGGAAGAUGGUGAUGACGAUGAAGGUGAAGAGGAGGAGGAGGAGGAGGAGGAGGAGGAGGAGGAGGAGGAACAGGAUGGAAGGAGGAGAUAUGAUCUCCGAAAUCGCGCAGAAGUCCGUAGGCUCUCUAUGGAGGAAGGUAAGCAAAGACCACGAUCUCCUCGAAGGGUAUUGCAUCAAGGAAUGGGAACAAAGAUCAAUAGGGAUGUAAGGAAGGGGGGAUCAAGGGUUCACAAGCGUCAUCGUCUAACAAGAGCAGAAGAUUCUGAUGAUUCCCUUCUUGUGGAUGAGCUAGACCAAGGUCCUGCUAUUCCUUGGGCUCGAGGUGGGAGCAGAUCUGGACCACCUUGGCUCUUAGGGGGACUAGAGAUGCAUGGGACGACAGCAUGGGGACUGAAUGUUGCUGCAUCUGGUUGGGGCCAUCAAGGUGAUGCCUUAGCAAGCUUGACUUCUGGUGUGCAAACUGCUGGCCCUAGCUCUAAGGGAGGGGCAGAUAUCCAACCUUUACAGGUUGAUGAGAGUGUAAGUUUUGAUGACAUAGGUGGGCUUUCAGGAUAUAUUGAUGCUCUGAAGGAGAUGGUUUUCUUUCCCUUGUUAUAUCCAGAUUUCUUUGCCAGUUAUCACAUUACCCCGCCAAGAGGGGUUUUGUUAUGCGGUCCUCCUGGUACUGGGAAAACUUUAAUUGCCAGGGCAUUAGCAUGUGCUGCUUCAAAAGCUGGCCAGAAGGUUAGCUUUUACAUGCGCAAGGGUGCUGAUGUGCUCAGCAAAUGGGUUGGUGAGGCUGAAAGGCAAUUGAAACUUCUUUUUGAGGAGGCGCAAAGGAACCAGCCUUCCAUCAUCUUCUUUGAUGAAAUAGAUGGACUUGCUCCUGUUAGAUCUAGCAAACAAGAGCAGAUUCACAAUUCUAUUGUUUCUACUCUGCUUGCAUUGAUGGAUGGUCUGGAUUCUCGUGGACAAGUUGUUUUGAUUGGAGCAACCAACAGAGUUGAUGCCAUUGAUGGAGCCUUGCGUCGCCCUGGUCGGUUUGAUCGAGAAUUUAACUUUCCUUUGCCUGGUUGUGAGGCCCGUGCUGAAAUUUUAGACAUUCACACCCGCAAGUGGAAGCAUCCUCCUUCAAAGGAGCUAAAGUCAGAACUGGCAGCUAGUUGUGUCGGCUAUUGUGGUGCUGAUUUAAAGGCAUUAUGCACUGAAGCUGCCAUCCGUGCUUUCCGUGAAAAAUACCCUCAAGUUUACACAAGUGAUGAUAAGUUUGUGAUAGAUGUUGAUUCUGUAAAGGUUGAAAAGUAUCAUUUUGUUGAAGCCAUGUCCACAAUUACCCCUGCAGCUCAUAGAGGUGCUGUUGUGCACUCUAGGCCAUUGUCUUUAGUAGUCGCACCAUGUCUGCAAAGUCAUCUCCAUAAAGCCAUGAAUUGCCUAUUCGAUAUAUUUCCACCUCUUGCAGUGUCAUCUGAGUUUAUCAAGCUUUCUAUGCUUUCCUAUGGAUCUGCAAUUCCUCUUGUGUAUAGGCCACGGCUUCUGCUUUGUGGUUGUGAAGGUUCUGGUCUGGAUCAUCUUGGGCCUGCAGUGUUACAUGAACUGGAGAAAUUUCCUGUUCAUUCUCUUGGACUUCCAUCUCUGCUUUCAGAUCCCAGUGCAAAGACAGCAGAGGAAGCAUUGGUGCACAUAUUUGGUGAAGCACGGAGAGCAACGCCAUCUAUCCUUUACAUACCUCAUUUUGAUCUUUGGUGGGAUAACGCGCAUGAACAGCUCAGGGCUGUUCUUCUCACUUUAUUAGAAGAAUUGCCGUCAGACUUACCCAUUCUAUUACUUGGAAGCUCUUCAUCUCCACUUGCUGAAAUUGAUGGUGCAUCCUUGGUAUUUCCCCAUCGUUCAGCCUAUCAAGUGGGGAAACCAUCAACUGAAGACAGAUCUUUGUUCUUUGACCAUUUAAUUGAGGCUGCCUUAUCAGUUGUGGUGGAGGACGUGACCAAGAAAUCACAAGGAUCUGCCCCCCUUCCUGAACUUCCCAAGGCACAAAAAGUGGCAAGUGGCCCGAAGGCCUCAGAGUUAAAAGCCAAGAUAGAGGCUGAGCAGCAUGCUCUACGCCGAAUGCGCAUGUGCCUCAGAGAUAUUUGCAACCGGAUGUUGUAUGACAAACGAUUUAGUGCCUUCCAUUAUCCUGUCACUGAUGAGGAUGCUCCAAACUAUCGCUCUAUAAUCCAGAACCCUAUGGACAUGGCUACCAUCCUGCAGCGCGUUGACUCUGGUCAAUAUAUCACAUGCUCAGGAUUCCUGCAAGACAUUGAUCUCAUUGUGACCAAUGCAAAGGUGUACAAUGGAGAUGAUUACAAUGGAGCUAGGAUUGUCAGUAGAGGUUAUGAGCUUCGGGAUGCAGUGCAUGGAAUGUUGUCACAGAUGGACCCUGCGCUUGUCACUUACUGUGACAAGAUUGCUGCUCAAGGGGGUCCUGUACAAAUAGCAGAUGAUUUAGGGGGAUCUAUUUUCCCUUCAACCCCAGUUGUGCAGCUUGGAACAGUUACUAGAACAAGUGCCAGGCUACGCAAUGUCCAGCCUGAUGUUAAUCUGGAUCAAAGCUACGAGGCCUUGAAAAGGCAGAAGAAAAAUGCUGAUGCUACUCAUGCUGCUUCAACAGCAGAAGAUAAAUCACGGCAUCAGGGUUCAGUGCAGGCAAAGCCGCCAGAGGAAGCCGGGGCAGAUGAUAUGAAUCCUGACAGACCUGAGUCCUCUUCAGCUGAUGACAGUCGACAUGAAACUUCAGGAGGAGAAGCUUGUGGUCAUAAUGAAGGGAGUGGAUCCCAAGAUGUUACAAUGUCAGAAGCCGAAGUCUCAAGCCACGUGGAUUACGUCAAGCGGCUUUUCGUGGAGCGCACAGAAAAUUAUGGCAUUUCACUGCUUGAAAGGCUCUACACUCGUAUAAUGAAGGGAAUCUUCGAAGCCAAGGACAAAGGAGUCGAAGAUGAUGGCCCCAGAUACUCAAUUUUGAGGUUUUUGGUGAAAUUUGCAGAGAACACUGCAAACUUCUAAACUCAAUACCUUUUCCCCUUAAAACCAGAGGAUAAAAGAAAAAUGAAAAAUGAACCCAAAAAAAAAAGAAAUCUUGCAGGUAGCUGAUGUAAAGUCGGGAUUUUCUUUUCAAUGCAAAAAAAUUAGAGUGAAA